AUGCUGGUACUACCGCACCAGAUUGCCUCCCCACAGAACAAUGUUGAAGAAGAGGGUGGUGUCAGUCAGGAUGCGCCAGUCUGCAAGGACAGGUGCAAAGGAUUCCAACCAUGGAAGGGCUUGGGGAUUGGCCUCUCUCCAGGGCUCAUGGUGUGGCACCACAACAGCCAUGGUCAUAUGUUUGGGCACUGCAGGCGCUGCCAGCAUGGCAGGUGCAGCCUUAUGGUGCUGAGACCCACACUGGUCCAACCAGGAUUGCUGCAGGUAGCAGCUAUGCAGCCUGUUGGACAAGUGCCUGCACCGCUGCCACUUGCAUGGGGGCUGUGGGAUUGGGACUGCCCCAGGUGGUCUAGUUUGCACAGAGUGUUGCUGUUGCCAUUGUGCCAACCCCUGUUCUGGGGUGGUGGCACAAGAAUGGCAGCAGUGGCUGUAGCCGUGACAACAGUCUGGGCUGCUGCCGCCUUGGGCUUGGCCACUGCAGUUAUUGCCAUGGGUGCAGCCUACUGGAGAUUAGCAGUGUGUGUGGCAAAGUGUCUGACAAUGAGCAGUGAGCUGCAAUUCAAGCGAUUGCCUACAGUGGCGAAAAUGUGCGAGAAAUUUUACCCCGCUGCCGAGGGUUGGGUGAUCCGUGUUUACCAUGAUUUUGAAGCAACUGACCCCAACUUCCGAUCCGUCAUGUGCAAAGCGAGCUGCGAAUUUGCCAAUAUAGAUUUUUGCUACGUCAAAAGCCUUCAAGCGCCACUUGAUUCAUACGCUUCUCCAAGUGUUCACCCAAUGAUCUGGAGAUUCCUUCCCAUGGCAGAUCCAAGAACUGACAUAUUCCUCAGUCGUGACUUGGACUCUGACAUCACUCAAAGAGAAUUGGACGCUGUCAACGAUUGGCUGAGUUCUGGAAAAAUUUUGCAUUCAAUGCGGGAUAAUCCCAAUCACGGUGCUACAAUCCUCGGUGGCAUGUGGGGUACAAGUAAGCUGUCCCAAUUGGCCAAAAAUGUCAACUGGGAAGAGAUAGAAUCAAAGAUGCUGAAGCAAAUUGGAGCAAAUCCAGUGAUUAGAAGCAUGAAAGGACUGGACCAAGUCAUCAUUGGAUCCGUCGUAUAUCCAGCUGUUUGCAAGACUCCUGAACUGGCCAAAAGUUUUUGCAAGAUUCAUGACAGCUAUUUCUGCAAAACGUUUGGUGAUUCAGACCCGUGGCCGUCACAGCGGAACUUGACAGUGAGGAACAAUUUUGUUGGGGCUAAUGGACAUGGACCGAUGAAGAUCCCUUGUCCUGUGGAAUGCCGACCGAAGGAUCAUCAAGAUUGGGAAUUCUGCUAGUUGAAUUGACAGGUUUUCUGUGAUUUUGCUGUGAUGGAAAAAAUUUAAUUCCUGACAUUUUCACGUUGCAUGAAUGAAUACGGCGACGCUGAAAUUUUCAAACAAACUCCGCUGCUUUUCCUCCUUUGUCAACAGUAGUUGGGAAAUUAAAAGAACUGUAAAUGGCAACAUUUUUACAGUCAUUUUUUUCAAAAAUA